AGUAGUAAUACUUUAUGUAGUAGUACUUUAUGUAGUAGUAGUAGUAGUAGUAGUACUUUAUGGAGUAGUAGUAGUAGUAGUACUUUAUGUAGUAGUAGUAGUACUUUAUGGAGUAGUAGUAGUAGUAGUACUUUAUGUAGUAGUAGUUGUACUUUAUGUAGUAGUAGUAGUAGUAGUACUUUAUGUAGUAGUAGUAGUAGUAGUACUUUAUGGAGUAGUAGUAGUACUUUAUGUAGUAGUAGUAGUACUUUAUGUAGUAGUAGUAGUAGUAGUACUUUAUGGAGUAGUAGUAGUACUUUAUGGAGUAGUACUUUAUGUAGUAGUACUAGUAGUAAUACUUUAUGUAGUAGUACUUUAUGUAGUAGUAGUAGUAGUAGUAGUACUUUAUGGAGUAGUAGUAGUACUUUAUGUAGUAGUAGUAGUACUUUAUGUAGUAGUAGUAGUAGUAGUAGUAGUAGUAGUACUUUAUGGAGUAGUAGUAGUACUUUAUGUAGUAGUAGUAGUACUUUAUGUAGUAGUAGUAGUAGUACUUUAUGUAGUAGUAGUAGUAGUAGUACUUUAUGGAGUAGUAGUAGUACUAGUAGUAGUACUUUAUGGAGUAGUAGUAGUAGUAGUAGUACUUUAUGUAGUAGUAGUAGUAGUAGUACUUUAUGGAGUAGUAGUAGUACUUUAUGGAGUAGUAGUAGUAGUAGUAGUACUUUAUGUAGUAGUAGUAGUAGUAGUACUUUAUGGAGUAGAAGUAGUAGUAGUACUUUAUGUAGUAGUAGUAGUAGUAGUAGUAGUAGUAGUAGUAGUAGUACUACUUUAUGGAGUAGUAGUAGUAGUAGUAGUACUAGUAGUAGUAGUACUAGUACUUUAUGGAGUAGUAGUAGUAGUAGUAGUACUAGUAGUAGUAGUACUAGUACUUUAUGGAGUAGUAGUAGUACUAGUACUAGUACUUUAUGGAGUAGUAGUAGUACUUUAUGUAGUAGUAGUAGUAGUAGUAGUACUACUUUAUGGAGUAGUAGUAGUAGUAGUAGUACUAGUAGUAGUAGUACUAGUACUUUAUGGAGUAGUAGUAGUAGUAGUACUAGU